AUGGGUCAACACUACUCUCAACCUCGACCAGGCACCAAGCUUCAGGUUAUUGGCGCUGGCCUUCCACGUACCGGAACUGCAUCAAUCAGCAGUGCUUUGGAAAUUCUGCUCGACGGUCCCGUGUAUCAUGGCGCGACUCAAGUUCUUCUUGGCCCUGAAAAAGAAAUCAAAACAUGGAUUCAGGUGCUGAUGCAAUGGCAUCCACAAGAGAACUCCACAAGGCGCUCCAAUCUAGAUCUCAUCAAAGAACGCAUUGAUGGGUUCGUCGCAAUCACGGACUCACCCGGCUCAACAUUGGUGCCGGAAUUAAUGACGCUCUAUCCAGAUGCGAUAGUGAUCUGUACUGUCCGCGAUGUUGAAGCGUGGGAACGAAGCAUGGCUACCGUUAGUAGCAAAUCGACGCAGUGGUUUCUACGUUUCGUGUUGUUCCCUGUACCCUCGCUGAGGUACUUUGUGGAUUAUAUUGAUGCGCUACGUCAGCAGUGGUUUCUCAAGUAUGGUGAAACAGAGCCAGUGACGAGUAGCUCGUAUGAUCAGCACAUCACUUGGCUGAAGGAAAAGGUGCCGGAGAAUCGCCUGGUAUUUCUGCAAGUUCAUGAUGGCUGGGAGCCGUUGUGCAAGGCUUUAGAUUUACCAGUCCCAAAAGAUGUCCCUUUCCCAAGGAUCAACGAUAGCCAAGCUAUAGACAAUUUUGCAAAGAGGCACGUCACUAGAGGGCUGGUAAGGUGGGGAGUAAUACUGUUGGUUGUCGGCGUAAGCGCGUGGACGUUUUUGUGGUAA